UUUUAAAUAUUGCAAAUGGAGUUCAGAGUUAGGAAAAAGAAAAGCUUGUAUGACAACAAGAGGCUAAAUAUGACGCAGUCAAUUCACAAUAUUGGGAAAAGUUACACCAGGAAUUUAGCUAAGAACACAAUUGUUAAUAAAAAUACAAAGAACAUCACAAUACCGCAUAAUAACAGCGGGAGUUUUAUAAAUCUGAAAGAAAAUAGGCCGCCUAAUUGCAGAUUAAAAAGAGUUUACUCAAAGCGGCAAACAAAUUUUUCUGCCUCAUGAAAGAAUUCAGAGAGCAAAGUUUUCACAUAUAAAAGAUUUGGUACGACCAAAAGAGAUAGGUCUACUAACGGCAAAAGCAAGGACCGAAUCGAGAGAAAGAAUUCAAACAAAAGAAUCCUCAAGGCUAGACUAAAGCCUAUGAUUCGCUCUAAGGUUGCUAAAACUGCCCAAAGAUUGUCAAGAAGGAGGAAGUCAACCAAAAUCUUGAAGAAUGAAGUCAAAUUAGGCGGUUCUUUUAUCACAACUAUUGACAAUACGAGCCAAAUGAGGAUUGCCAGGAAGUACAAAAAGCUACAGCCUUUGACUCUUAAUGGGUCUAGUCAGAUGAUCACGAGUAGAUCUAUCAGAGCUCCAAGGUUAUUAGGAACAAGGAGGUUCAAACUUUCUCUUGCUUCAAAAUCUUGUAAUAAAUUCGCUAAAUGACAGAAAAAUUGGGACAGAUUCACUAAGAAGAUAUUUAUAAGAAGGAAGAUUGGCAAAUGAUUAUAUCAUUUAAAAGUAAACAUAAAGAAGAUUAAAAAGGCAUGUAACGUGAUAGGAGAAGCCUUCAUCAGAUGGAAGCGGCUUAAUAGUUCCCAGGAUACUCUUCUGUUUAACCCAAAUAACAAUCUUCAGGAGUCAAAUUCGAGUCUUAAAGUUCAUGCUCUGACUGAGCUUGAAGACUACUUCAAUGGUGUGUCAGAAGAGCUAGCUCUACUGCAGGCUGCCCAGGAACCAGCCCUGGCUGCAGAGCUGAACCUUGUAGAACAGAUCAAUCAGCAGAACGAAUAUGAUAUGCUCAAGAAGUCGGUGAGAGAGAAGACUAUGGAAGCCAAAGCUAAGUUUAAUCAAAAUUAAGUGGAUGAGUAUCAUGGAAGUCAGUAGUCAGUACGAAGAAUCAAACACAUUCACAGUAGCGAGACAAAACAGGUACAGACAUUAUGUGAAGAUAAUCGAAGAUGCCUGGGUUAAGUACAAGCAAAGGAAAGCUCAGAAGAAGUUUGUCAGAUCUAUCAGAGAAACCCAGGAUCAUCUUAACUGCACUAUCGAUGGGCUCGGUAGUGAUUACGAGUAGGAAAAAUGGCACUACUAAAGACAGAUAUCAUCGUAUUAUACCGAGCGAGU